AUGACGCAUGACGUUCAGAAGAAAUCCAAAGGCCAGUCCUGUCCAUGUCACUGGGACUCCAAGACUGCUGAGUGGACCCUCGCUGACCAUGCUGUCUCGGUGGUACUUUCUGCUGCCACCACAGUGGCCCCCUCUCUGAAGAGUGCAAUCCUCCUUGGUCCAGGGGAGCUGCAGGCCACAAGGAUCUUUCACACCGGACAGCCACGUCUUGCCCCUGUGCCACCUCUUCCUGCAUACAGAGGAAAAUUUUGUCAUGGGCUGAUUCCUGUGGAAUUUCUCCAGUUUCUUUAUUCUAAAACAGGUAUAACAGGGCCCUAUGUGCUCAGAACUGAACUUAUCUUAUAUUUUCCAUCCAAAGAAAUAUACGUGAUUAAUCCAGAGACCAUCUCUGCCAUAUCAACAAUAGGGUUGAUCAUCUAUGUAAUUAAAAAAUAUGGUGCCUCUACUGGGGAAUUUGCUGAUAAACUCAAUGAGCAAAUUGCCCAACUAGAGGAGGCAAAACAGGUUUCCAUCAAAAACAUCCAGGAUACAACUGAUCUGGAGAAGUUCCAGCAGGCACUGGUUCAAAAAUGCCAUUACCUUUUCGAUGUCCAGAGGAAUAACAUUGCUAUGGCCUUGGAGGCAAAGAAUCACCUGGGCCAUCAUAUCUCUGUUCAGAAUACGAUGUGUCAAAAGAAACAAGAGCACAUGAUAAAAUGGGCGGAGAAGCAUGUGGUGCAGAGCAUCUGACAGCAAGAAAAGGAGACAAUUGCCAAGUGCAUUGCAGAUCUAAACAUGCUUGCAAAGAAGGUUCAGCACAGCCAGUUCUAUAAACACAUCUGUCUCAACUGGGACAGCUAGAAACAGUUGACUGACUGAAUGGAAACUAGGCUGUG